AAGUAGUAUGCUUGUCAAGCAGCAUAUUGUAUGGAGAAAGAAGGCUGAGAUGCUCCAGUCUCGGGUGGAUGAGCUAGAGGAGGAAAAUGGCAGACUCAAGCAGCAGCUUGAGGCCAAGAACUCUAUACAAGAGCAAGAUGGGAACUUGGAAGUAAUGGCCACUGGAGAUAAGGAGCCGCAGGCCAUGAGGUUGGACUCCAGCACGGAUUCCAGCAACGAUUCCAGCACUGACUCAAGCUCUGACUCAAGCUCUGACUCAAGCUCUACCUCUACCUCUGACUCUUCUGAUGAGGGAAAGAAGAAAAAGAAGAAAAAGAAGCAGAAGAAGAAUGGCAAGAAGAGAAGCAAAAAAGGGAAGAAGGAAAACAAAAAGGCGAAGAGGUCAAAAGGAAAAGGAGAGCGAGUGUCUUCCAUCUCAGAUGUGGUGAGGAGAUAUCGGCGUGUCCUUAAACUGGUGCAGAGAGGCUUCAGGAUGACCAAAGCUUUUAAGAAAGCUCAUGUUUCCAGGAAUGCUGUGAAAGACACUGCAGCAAUUGCUGAAGUAUUCCUGUUUUAG